AUGGCCCAACUGUUGCCUAUAUUCGUAACAGCUGCUAUCAUAAGCAUUGUCGCUGGCUUGGAUUCUGAGAAUAUCAUAGGCGGCCAAAACGCAAAUCUCAAUGGUUUCAAGUACCAAGUUUUCAUACUAGUAAAUUACAAAAACGGUGGCGCUUCAUGCGGUGGUGCACUCAUUCACCGUCAAUUCAUACUCACAUCUACUAGUUGCAUUACGGUGGGCAUGAACAAAUCUACAGGACUAGAGCCAAAUACAGUUUACGCAAGGGUUCAUUUGGGGACAGAUGAUUUAGAGAGUAACACUCAGGGUGGUAAAAUUCGCGUAAAAGAAAUCUACAUCCACAAAUAUGUUACGCCUGUCGGUUUGUUUUAUUCAAACGAUAUCGUUGUAUUGAAAUUGGAAACACCAGUUUCCAAUCACCUAACAGCUGGUGUUGUAAAGUUACCAAAAUCAGACGAACCCAUUUUUGGUGGAAAUACUUUCGUCUCUGGGUUUGGUUACAAUUCAAUUCAAAUGAAGAAUCGUGGUGGCCAGCUUGAACCAGUGCCCAUUUGGCCACAUAAAAAAUUGAAAUAUGCGAAGGUUAACGUAAUUCCUUUAAUCAGAUGUGAGAUACCUAAGGACACAAUUAAGAAAGAAAGAUUAAUGAGUACACUUUUUUGCGGCACCAUCAUGCCAGAACCUGGUGUGCAGCACUACGGCAGUUGUUACGGUGAUGGUGGUAGUCCGCUUGUUAGGAAUGGAGAAAUCAUUGGAAUCCUGACUAGAACCUGGGUAGACUGUGAUGAAUCACGAGUACCAGUAAUUUACACUAAAGUCACAGGUUACUUGUAUUUUAUCAACAAUAUUCUCGAGGGACAACCUGGGCCUGAAACUAAGAAAUACGUGACACGAUUCCCACCUGAUUUAAUAAAUUAG